UCAUUAGUGGCCUAUAUAAGCCUCAUACAGGCCAUGGGAAGACAUUACCUGUUGAUAACACAGACUAUUUUCAUGAUCAUGGGAGGUGUGAGAGAAUUGCUGCUCGUUGUGAUGACUGUGGGGGUUGUCAAAGUUUCUUGUUACCCUGUUGGAAAGUCCCAGAAGCAAGAUCAAGUCUCUCUGCAGAGGAGACUUGGAGAGCUGUCAUCAAAUGACGUCUCCAUUGUGCAUGCCCUGGCCUUGCUCCGAUCCAUAGGGUCUGACGCGAAACAAACCAGAGAAGAGUAUUUAGAGACCAAUGAAGUAGAAUCCCAAGCUUCUCCAAACCAUGGUAGCUCUCCGGCAAAUGAUGCCCUGUCCUCUGACGACGCCACCUCUGAAGCUGCCACCGGCCCGUCCUCUGACGACGCCACCGGCCCGUCCUCUGACGACGCCAUCCCUGAAGCUGCCACCGGCCCGUCCUCUGACGACGCUCACCCUCUGAUAGCUGCCCACAGGGCCCGUCCUUAG